UUUUCUCUUUCCAUUCAGCGAUCUGUCGGCGCUGCGGUAGUAUCGCUCUUGUUUUGCCGCUGCCGCCGUUGGAACAACUCAGUAUUUACAAAAUUUAUUUUUCCUUAUUCGUCGGGCGUUCUUUGUGUCGUCCGCAGUCGCCGCCGCCGCCCAUGCAGUGUUUUACCGUCGUCAUGGCGUCCGAUUCGCGUUUGUGAUAUAAACCGAUUGUUUUCCGUACACAGCUUGGUAUUGUGUUUUUUUUUUUCAUCUGUCCAGGCUGUCGCGUGUGCUCAAUUUGUUUGUUUCGAGUGUGAAAAGUGUAAUAAUAAUCAGCAGCAGUUACGAGUAAUAUAUUAAUAACGAGUGCGAAGGUAAAAUAUCAAUUAUAAUAUGGAAGGUAGUGAUGCUGGCGAUUCAAAAUCCGGGUGCGGUUGUAGCGCCACGGCCGCUUCCGUGAACAACAACAACGACGGGACGGCUGUCGGCGCGACGGCCGCGGCUGCCGCUGCCGCCGCCGCUCAACAACAGCAGCAGCAACAGCACAGUGCUGUUCAUCAUCACAGGGCCGCCGAGGAUCCCCUUGCGGUUCCUUCGAUGGACGACGCGUCCGAAAUCACCAUCACCGUGUCACCCACCACCGGUGGCCAGUUUGACCUGUCCGUUCUGAAGACCGACUCCGUGGAAAGUCUUAAAAAAGUAAUUUCCAAACGGUUAAGAGUGCCCAAAGAACGGAUAUGUCUGCUGUACCGGGAGAGGCAACUAAGAGACGGCUCGUUGGACGACAACCAGUUGAUGCAAGGAAGUCGGCUCACCCUAUUGCCCAGCGUUGAAACCGGUCUUCUGGUUCAGAGACCAGAACAGAGCGUGAUGCAAGCGUUGGAAAGCCUAAACGACUCGCAGGUAAACGAUUUCCUGUCGGGCAAGGCACCCUUGAACCUCACCAUGCGAUUGGGUGACCAUAUGAUGCUCAUCCAACUUCAGCUGUCCACCGUGUCGUCGUCGGGUACGUCAAAGCGACCGCAUCCCGGUGCCCCGACUGUGGCCACUGGCACGGCUGCUCUGAACGCGGCGUCCACGGUAGCGCCCGAACCCCCUCAGGCCACAGCCACGGCGGCUGCAGCGUGUUCGGCCGGAAACAUCAUCGGUACCCCUAGACUGAUACCCGGCGUGGACGCCUACCCAAUCACUCGCGUCCGCAACGUGUCUGACGACAGCGACGACAAUUCGAUGGACACCGCGGAGGAGACUUCGACGUCCACCGCGCCGACACCCACACCCCCAAUCACCUUAGCGCCGGCGACGCCGACAUCGGCGGCGACCGGCGAAACGCCUUCAUCAUCGCCGUCGACGAUUUCGGCGCCAGCCCCGUGUUCGUGCGACGGAAAAACGUCCGUAGGGACGAGCACCUCGACAGCCGCGGGUGACAAACCGCAGCUGGAUACGCGGGCGUUGGCCGAGGCUUCUCGAAAUCUCACCCAGACCCUGAAACAACUGUCGUCAGAGGUCCUCACUACGAAAAGCGGUUCCAAAGAGAUGCACAUAGGAUUCAAACGAAGGCCAGGUGCCAUAAUCGAGAGCAUGCAACACCACGGCAAAGGCGUAUACUCCGGCACGUUUUCUGGUACGUUGAAUCCGGCACUGCAAGACCGUUUCGGUCGUCCCAAACGUGAUAUCAGCACCAUCAUACACAUCCUAAACGAUUUGCUGUGCGCCACGCCACAGUACCGAGCGGCCGCCAGAUCCGGCACGCCGGCCGUAUGCACGGCCACCACUCUUCCACCGACGGCGGCGGCUCAAGCGGCCACCGCGUUUUCGAGCGCCAGCGCAAUGUCUGCUCAACCGUCGACUGCGGCCGACCAUGCCGGUAAAUUGGCGGCCAGAGAACACGACUCUUGGACAAAGAACGACUCCAAGGAAAAUGCGGCUACCCGCGGUAAAAUGGAACGUCUGCGUCUGAUCAUGGAAGAGAAACGCGAGAGGCGUAGGGCUGGUCGUAGUGUACCCUACGACAAAACCAAAGCCGGAACACAGUGGUCGGCUAAAUCGGAGACCCAGAGCGUAGGGCCACAAGAUCCCACCGUUGAUCCGACAUUACCUCCCGAACAAGUCGUCGUGUGAAAUACUGCCAGUGCGGAGACAACAUUUAAAAUAUGUGAUAUAAAAAUAAAUAUAAACCCCACCAUGUUUUUUUUUUUUUAUAUGUAUUUAUUUAAAUAUAUAUUUAUCAACAAAAUAAUAUGUGGUCAGUUACACUAUAGGGUGCAAUAUUUUUUAUUGUCUAAGUAUAUAUUAUAUUAUAAAAAAUGACUUCAUCAAUAUGGCACCAAAAAAAAAAACGAAAACAAACAUAUUAUACAUAGAAAAUAUAUAUUUAAUCCUUCCCUCAAAUUAUUACAUUUAAUAGUAACAACUUUUUUUUUGUAAACUGAUUUUUAGCUUUAGACAAUUUUCAGACCUAUCGUCCAUAAUUUAAUUUAAAAACAGAAAUAUUGUAAAGUUAUUGUAUAUUAGGAUGUUUAUAUUUAUAAAUAUCUAAAUUGUUUAAGUGAUUUUUAUUUUCCUGGGAGUUUAAUGUUGGAUUAUUUUCAAACAAUUGCGAUUUAUUACCUCAAUUUUUCUUGUAUGUAAACAAAAUGCGUAGACUUUUUUCUUAGAGAUUAUUACAAAUAGAUAUCAUAAGUUUGUCUUGUCAAAUUUCAAAUGACGAAAAAUAUGUGUAUAUAUAUUUAUAUAUAUGUAUUAAUUAUUAUAAAUCACGCGUGCUGGUUAAAAAUUAGUAUUCGUAUAGUUAAUGGAAAAUAAAAUUUAUAAAAAAAAAGUAAUAAUAAUAAUUAAUUAUAUGCUUAAAGAUCGAUUAUUUAUUUAGGGUAAUUUUUGAUGUACGAGAAGAGUAAUUAUUAUACUAAGUUUUGUUUGAACAUUAGGGCUUUUUUAUUUCACAUCUGCAUCGUAAAACGUAUUAUAUUUUUAAAAUAAAACUGUUUCUCGUUAAUUUGUGUAUAUUAAAAAUCAAUCGACUGGCCUUUCCUUAUAAUUUAAUUGUAAUGUUUUUUUUUUUUAUUUUAAAUUUAUUUGAUAAAAAUUUCCUCUGUGCUUUUUACCUUUUUUAAAAUGAUGCAUUGCGUACACAAUGUAUUUAUGUACAAAUAACUUUAAUAAUAAUAAUAAUAAGUUCAUCGAAAUAUGAACAGACGUUGUUUUUUUUUUUUUUUUUUUAUUGGGCAUUUUUGUUAUUAACUUUAAGGUUGAGACCGUGAAUUAUUAAAUUGGCGUUUUCCAGUGUGCCCGUGACCCGAUUGCUUAGGACAAACUAUAAUACGAAAAAUCAAUUGUAGCCGUAAUUAUCGAGUCUUACGUUAUCUAUCCUCUUUUUUUUUUUUUUUUAUAAAUUUUUUUUUAAAUUAGUUUAUUGAUUAUCGUCGAUCUUUACACGAUUUUUUUAUGAAAAAAAAUAUAUACAUUAUUCAAUUGAAAAACGUGUAUUACUUUUGUGUGUUUUAAGUUGUAUUUAUUGUAAUGCCCGAAAAUAACCUUCGAACAUUAUUGUGUACGAAUCCCUAACUAUUUGUAUACAAAAAGUAAAUGUUAUUGUUAGUAGGCUUAUUAUUGUCUAUAGACGGUUUUAGCCGUUAUGACUUAUGUGUAAACAAUGUACAAAAUGAUACACCAAAUGGGGUUUGUAUGUGAAAUUAGUGUCAAAUAAAAAAUUAUAUAUCGAUAAAGUAUGUGUAUUAUAAUAAUCAAUGCAAUACCAAUAAUAAAAUAUGUGAACGCGCUAGGAUUAUGUAAAUACGUAAUAUAUUUACUUUUCUUGUGAAGAACAUUAAAAUAAUAGUUUAUACUAAUUGUUUUUUUUUUAAGAUACUCAUUUGUACAGCUACUAUUUGU